AUGCUCACGCUGGUCGCUCAGCAUAAUGUCAUGGAUAUGACUGGCCAAGAUUUUAUCAUCGGAUUGCUGGUCAAGGCAUGCCACAAUGAGGCUUUCACAAUCGAGGAGAUUACAGUCGGUAACAUGGAUCGGAGCCAUGUCAUUCUGCUACUGGAUGAUUCGUACACCCCGGGCCCUGAACUCCUUCACCAGAUUGUGAAACCCCCGCCAAGCGUUAAAGAUAUUGUCUUGGAUCCGGUUACACCCCCAAAAUCUACAUGGGCUUACAUCGAACUCUCCACGGCACAGCUUGGUUCCCUCAAAGUUCUCGCCACGAAUACAUUUCCCGCAUCCACGGACUUCAUCUCUACGGACGAUGCUGUCAGCGCUUUUAUCUGGAAAUCCAUCGCUCGUGCCCGGGCUUCUUGUCUGGAAGAGACUUCUGAAUCAUUGUUACGCGCGCAGUCGACAUGA